GGGUCUCUAAAAGACGGUAGAUUAGAUUUGAACAGUAGCUCUUCAGGUUUGAAGGUUGAUGUGGUCUGUUUGUUUUGGAUUACUCUUCAUUCGGAGGUCAUUAAUAAAUUUCUCCUAAUAAAACAUCAACAAACGAUUAGUUUGUAAAAGCUGUGGAAUAAGGAGUUAUUGAUCUGUAGAAGGAUUAGACAAAAUCAUGGAUUGAGAAGGAUAGGUUAUUAUAAACUGUAAUAAUAAUGGCAGAAUAAGUGUGUUGACAUUUGAAAAAAAUCUGGACAGGUGGUGUGGACAUUAAGUGCAAUUUUGGUUUUAUUUUGCUCAAAUUGAAGCACAUAUACAAAGGACAAAUAAAUCUUAUUGUAGGACAAUUUUAGAAACAUUUCGCACAAGUUUGCAGCAAAAAGUACUUUGCAUGACAUAAGAUGCACUUGACAUAAAUUCAGAAAUUUUCAACAUAGCUUGGGCAAAUACAUAUCGUAUAGGACAAGUACAUUUUAUUGUUGGAAAACAAUAGUAACAUUUGGACAUGCUUGAAGCUAAAAGGACUUUGCAUAACUAAAGUUGCAGUUGGCAUUAAUUCAGAAAUAUUCCCCAGUGCCCUGAAGCAUUAAAACGAUGCCAAAAAAUAAGAACAAAAUAAUUGCCAUGGGGACUAGUUCCCUAAAGGUGAAGCCCAAGAAACGACCUGGGCUUAUAAAACAGUUGUCACAGCCCUUUCUCGCAUCAAAUAAGAAAAACAAGAAUGCAAGUGCCCCGGAUAUAACAAAGUUGGACAAAGGCACUGAAGAUUUCAGGCUAUUUAAUGGCUACGAUGACAUGUUUCUGCCAAACAAACACAAUCGUUUGGAAAACACUGUGUUUCUUUCACCUGAGAAGGAACUGGAAACCUUUCUGAACUUCAACAAGUCGCCACUUUCGAUAAAUAUUCCAUCGUCAAAAAAAUGUUCUAGUGCCGAUAGUGGCUACAUGUCGCCGCCUUGUCCUGCAGACAUCCUUUCUCCGGGUACGCCCGCUAAAGGUAUACUGAAAAAAUUACCAACUCCAGAGAUUCAAAUAUCCGACUGCAAUGGCGGAACAAAAUCUUUAGACUCUGACCUUAUGCUCAAGCAUGGAAUUCAAAAUGGCCGAAAUACUCCGGAACCUGCGCGGGCAAUGUCCCCAAUAGAUUUUGCAAUGUCGCCACCUUGUGAUAGCAUAGAAAAUGCUUUCAGUUUUCUGGAUAACAUGUUAUUCCAAGAGAAGAAAAACGUGAAAAAAUCUGUCUCCUUUGGCAAUGUUCCAGAGGUUAAAAACUUCUCAACAGAUUCUUCUGAAGAUUCCUCUAGCGACGAUUCUGGCGCUUUGACGAAGCCCUCUUCUGCCUCCAAUGUUGACAAUAUGGACAAUAGAAAACAGCAUAAGAAAGGCAACAAUUAUGUGUAUAAAAAAAGUGUUUCGUUCGACGAUAUGUCUGUCGAUAAAAAAUCCAAAGAUCAGGCUGAGUUCCUGAUGCGAAGUCAAUCUUGUGAACAAAUUCCGUUACACGAUACAGAUAGCUCUGAGGAAGAGUCAGAGAAAAAUCAAACAGAGGGCGAUGCAAAGGAUUAUGGAUGCCAAGAUGUCUGCCAGUACGAAGUUGAGGUCAAGGUCAUUGACAUUCAGCCGACCUUGAAAGGUGAAGGUCAAAGUGAAAACGAUUCUUAUGUUGCCCUGGAAACAUGCACUGUAUUGAAUUCCUUUCAGAUUUUGAUAUGCCAUCAUCCGGGUUGCACGCAAAACAACGAGGACCGCCCCAUGCUUCUGUGUAAGGAGUGCGACAUGAGCAUUCAUGCGCGACCAGAGUUCAACGGCCAUCUUGUGCUAGACGUCCCAAAGAGAAAGUCUAGCAAUGAGCGCACAACCCGAUUUGCUCACGCUAACUCAACCCCCAGUUUUUCCAACCAAUCGCUGAUAAGUAUGGAUAUUGACGAGGGCUUAUGUCCCGAAGAGGAGGAGCUACCGGUCCCCAUGGAGAUGGACAGAAGACAUUCUUUCAGCAAAGUCACAGAAACAGAAGAUGACAAAAAGUUGAAAAGGAAGAAGGUGGUGAAGGCGAAACGCAGACACACAACGGAAGCCCGCAGUCAUAGUGCGAGCGACAUUUACGGUACGCAAUCCUCCGUGUCCGACGAAGAGCAUGCGACGCAUCCCCCUUUCCGUUACCAUGGAAGUAUCGAUGAAAACGCACUCUAUUCCGAUUCCUCUAGAAGCUCAUCUGUUGCUUCUAACCAAGCUCUGCAGCGACUUGGAAAGGUGGCUUUUUCUGGUGUAAUCAAUCAUGAGACAUUCACACUGAAAAUUCGACAUAAUGAUGACGAAGAAAUCGAAAUCAUAGCAGCAGAAAGAGGUGUUUCUCUCAGGGAGUCCCUGUUGCCAAUCCUUGAGCGGCGUGGCCUUGACAUUGAGGAGAUCAACAUCUUCGUAGAGGCAUCCAAUACCCCGCUGCCGCUCAACUGUGAAACAUUCCUGCUAGGGGGCACCACCAUGUACAUCAAACAAAAAGACUGUGAUCCCCCAUUGCCGUCAGGUUCCCAAUCGUUGAGUAAAGCUACUGGGUCAAAACUCACAGGCGGGGCCAAAAACCAGAGUAAUAAGUCAAAAUCAGGGGGAAGUUUACGUAGCCGUCGCGGCAAUCUUUCAAUUGAUGACUCAACGUUUCCGAUGGAGCUUCGAAGGUCAGUGAGUCCACAGGGAACUCUUCGAGAGAUCGACUCAAGGAAACAGAAACAGCCAAGCAAACUUACCACCCUCUUCAGUCCGAUGAACAAGGAUCGGGAGAAACAGGACCAGCUGAACGAUCUACUCAACACGUACAGCGCUACCGGCCUGCCAUCAUUUCCCGACCUUGUGAAACUGAGUCAUCCCGACCUCGAGCUAGAAACGUUCAGCAUCGAGUCUGACUGGCGGGAAAUAGUCACCAAUUCACAGGAUUUCACAAAGCGCCAAAAAGACCAGCAGGAAGCAAUCUGGGAGUUGUUGCAGACAGAACUGCAGUACAUACGCUCCAUUCGAGUGAUAUCUGAUUUAUUCUUGUGUGUGCUGUUAAAUCUACAGAAUGAGCAGAUUCUUAACGAGAUUGACACGCACACGUUGUUCAACAACAUUGAUGAGAUUAUGGCGGCUAACUGCCUUUUCUGGCGCGACCACCUGCGUAGAGUGCUGGAGGAGUCUCGUGCCACCGCAUCCCCCCUCAACCCCAGCCUCAUGAAGGAGGGGUUCCAGAAAUACCAUGACAUCUUUCAAACGUACGUCCAAUACUUUAUGAAGCACAAAGUCUGUACAGACUACAUGAAGUCGCAGUACAGUGACAAUGAACUCUUCAAAAUAUUUGUGAUUUGGGCAGAAGCCCAGAAGCAAUGUAACCGGUUGAAGUUAACUGACCUGCUGGUUAAGCCCAUGCAGCGGUUGACUAAGUACUCGCUGCUGCUUCAAGCCAUUCUGCGGAAAACAGACGACGAUCAACAGCGGAGGGACGUCCUCGAAAUGAUCGCGACCGUGGAUAGAUUUGUCCACCAUGUGGACUCCACUCUGCAUCAGCAACUCGAGGAAGAGAAGUUGCAGGCGAUCGUGGACAAGAUAGAACCGUACGAUGCGGUGGAUGCGCCCAACGACGAAUGUGUCAGGCUGAUCCUGCCUUAUAACAGCAAUUUCAACCUGCUGGCACCAAUGCCUGGAUGUACCGAGGCUCAAACCCGCAGCCUCGUUAUGCAGUCCCCUCUUAAGAUGAAGGUGAAUCAGAACCGGAUGGAUGUGGAGUGCCUCCUGUUCACAGACCUGCUCCUCAUCUGCAAGAACAAGCGCAUGGAUAAGUACAAGAUUGUCAAGCCACCCAUGAGAGUGGACAGAAUCAUCACACAUGAAUUGAAAGAUAAAGGGAGUUUUCUGUUGAUCUACGUGAAUGAGUACCAUGUGCCGAUGUCUUCGUUCACGUUUCACGGAGAUCAGAGCGCCGUGAACAUCUGGCUCGUUCACAUCAAGAAGGCUCAGGAUCUAUACCAAGAAGCCAAGAUGGCCGGCUCUGCCCAUCCCAAGCCCACGUUCCCACAAUCAGAAAUCAUCACAGAGGAAGUGAUAGGCUACACAACACUAUACAUCGGUGACAAUAGCGAGGGUCUGCCCCUGUUCCAGCUCCAGCGCUGCUCUAGCGAGGAACCUGAGGCCUUCACUGUGUUGGAUUCUGCAAUAAAUAGGUCAAGGUCAUGGAAUGAGAUGACCUCCAUGAAUACAGAGCCCCAGUACAGUGACCUAAGUGUUAUGGGCUCAGGCAGUGCAAAUAUCACAGCUGUACCAAGUGCUUAUGAUUUAGAAAACAUGUCCACAACUACGAGUGGUGCAAACUUUGUCGGCAAUCACGCCACUGUGCAAUAUUCACGAUCAGAUCCGUCUGUUUUCAGUCAGUUUAUUGGCGAUGAUAGGCUACAAGUGCCGCAAGUAUCCAUAUCCGCUGGCACUAGCGAGAGCGAUAUGUCCAUUCUGCCUGAAUUCGUAGAUGAGGGCAUGAAAUCAAAACUGUAUCAGAGGCGUCAGCGAACUGAGCGGUUUCACACGGCUGACGCAGUGCGGGAGUUAAACAAAGACCAGAACCGUGAUAAUAGCAUACAUAAACGAUUAAGUUGGAAUUUUCCCAACGGCAAUGUAAACGCAGAUAAACAGGGUGUGUUGAAAACCAAAGUGUUGAGUUCGGAUUCUAUGCGCAGUUUUCCGAGCUCAAGUGGGGUGUCUUCAACUGGUUCACUUCAUUUAAACCCUGAUGGUGAUAUCUGUGAAGAGGAUAGUGACCUUGAGGGAAAUGAUAAUGACCUUGACCGCGAAUUCUCGCCGGACGUUAAUGAGGAUGACGUUUUAAAUGGCUACCAUUCCUCGACACAUCAUGGUAAAUCUACGUCUGCGAAUGAUAUCGUUCACCUCAUGCAAGACCUGAACACAACUGAUAUUCAUGGUGAUAUGAAGGAUGGUAUUAAGUCGAUUGACUUGCCGCUUUGCGAGGAUCCCAAUAUACGACUUUCACAUGCCCAGCUUUUGCGAAUGAAGAAGCAGCUACUGUUGAGUUCCAAUGUCGAGGCCAGUGAAGUUUGAUUAGAUGAUGUGAGAGGCUACAACAGUGAGGCUACAACACACCAUAAUAAUUGGCCAACCAAUCAUAGGAGUUGCUUUGUAGCCAUGGCACCAGUGAACUGUGAUACUGAUACCCCACCCACUUUCAAUACUAUACUCACUUAAGUGCAUACUGACCUUGUAUCUGACACAUAUUUAAUCUGGUGAUAUUCUACUGUUAAAGAUAAUUGGUGUAUCUUAGAAUGUCGUGUUAAUUCAGUUUUUGCAGUCAGGGGAGAGAAAACUGUAUUGUUUAUAUGCAGUUUUUUUUUGCAAUUAUCUCCCUUGUGAAUGUAAAAUAUUUAUUUGUCUCAUCUUGGACAAUCGCGACCCACAGUAAAUGCAUGUUCAAAGAGAUAUUUUUUACAAAUCUUAUGAAAUUAAUGUACAAUAAUAGAAGUAUAGGGAUGCUUCAAUAACUUGUAUAUUGGUACAUGUUCUUGCAAGUUUUUUCUUUCAAAGGAUUUGUUAUAUAAUAUUCUCAAAAAACACAAAUAUCUCAGAUGAAUUUUAAAAGUAUAGCUAUGAAAGCAAGCCUUGUGCGAAUUCCAGUAAUACUUUUUUGGAAAUGUUAAAUACAAACCUGGUUGUGUUUCCAUUUUUAAAAUGUCACUUCAAUAAGUGCACAAAACCAAUAAACCACGUUAUUAAAAAGACACCACUAACUAAGUUUAAAGCAAAUGGCUUUGUGAAAACUGUACAGCAGUCUUCAUUCCAUAUGAAUUUUUUCCAGAUAUUUAUGAACCUGAAAAAAAAGAACAUAAAAUUAAACAUGCAGCAUUAUUUAAAAUAUAUGGUAAGGAACUCAUGUAUAUGGUAGUUGAAACACAGAAUGAAAAGUUGUUAAUAUUGGAGAACAAGAAAAUCUGAGUUUGUUUGUAGAUUGUUAAUAAAUGUUUAGACUGUUCCUUGAAUUGAAGCCAUUGUUAAUUACGAUGCCAAGAUUUGGCUCUAUAUAGAACGUUUAUCUAUUUUAUUACAAACAAGUUUAUUUAAAUAUACUUUAAUGCACAUCAAUGUCUCAGUUUAAUAUUGUCAUAAUUACCUUCUUAUAUUAAUAGGAAGAAUGUGAAAAGUUCUUAUACCAUGGCAUGAAAAAGUUACUGUAGCUAUGAAUUAGACAAAAUGUGUUUCAUGCUUCCUUUAUAUUUUUAUUUUCGUGUAUCAUCUGGUAAAUUGACCUUAAUGCCGUUUAUACAUGUUGGGUAUCAAACAACAGUUGUAACAAUAACCAAUAAAAUUAUAUGCUUUUUUUCUUGCUCAGCACAAUUGUUGUUAAUCUUUGCCUGCAAUUGAACAGACCAUGAUAUAACAAAAUACUAGCUUGUGACACAGAAUUGUGAUUGAAUAUUCAUUGUGUUGUUCUGUUUCAAGAACUAUUAAUAGGAGGAGUAUUUUAGGGUCAGAUCAUUCUUAGAAAAAUGGUUGGUUGGGGAUAAAUUGAGCGACCAAUCCAAUGCUCCAUUUCUAUAUAAAAAAAAUAAGUCUGGACCCAAAUGUUUUUUGAAGUAAGUCUGGAUUAAGCUUUGAAUAGUUUUUUUGCUAAGUUCACUAGAAAGCCAAUCUCAGGGUUACAUUCAAGGUCUGUUUUUUAGAAGGCCAGUCUAGCUCAACGUUACAUAAGAGGUCUGUUUUCUUAGCAAGAUAAAUUUUGUUUUGCUUAGUUCACUAAAAAGACAUUUCCAAGGUAAAAUACUCUUGGCAACAGAGUAUUUUAUACAAAGUUCCUCUUGAACCAGCUGUCAAAGAUACCCCCCUACUUAACCGCCGCCCCCAGCCCCCUUGCCUCUCAUUGCAAUUGGUUCCUACAUAUAAGCCUUGUUCAGAGAAAACUGGGCAUAAUACAUGUGCGUAAACUGUUGUUCCAGAUAAGCCUGUGUAGUCCUCACUUCUCUGACAUUUUUCAUUUAAAUGAAGUCUCUUCUAAGCAAAAAUCAAAUUUAGGCGGAAAGUGUCGUCCCUGCGGACUGCACAGGCUAAUCUGGGAAAAGUAAAAAGUAGUAAAUCAAGAAAUAAAUAAAUACUUCAUACUUACACAUGUAUAGUUUAAACGUAUUUUAACAUACAUCCUUUAUCAAAGAAUGCAUUUCUGUGACAACAGGCUAAUCAUUUGGUUCGCCUUGCUAUUUUGUAUGCCCGCGGUCUUCAAAGCGGCGUCCAAACUUUAAUCUUGGUCAUAAAUUUUGCAAUAUUGAAGAUAGCAACUUGAUAUUUGGCAUGCAUGUGUAUCUCAUUAAGCUGCCCAUUUUGAGUGGUGAAAGGUCAAGGUUAUCCUUCAAGGUCAAAGGUCAAAUAUAUUGCUUCAAAGCAGCGCCUUAGGGGGCAUUGUUUUUUCUGACAAACACAUCUCUCGUUUAAAACUCUUUUGAGUACAUGACAAUUAUUAACGUGUUAUUACCUCUGUAUAAACUUUAAAAAUCCUGAUGUUAAUUUGUUAUUAUACUGUUUGUUACUUGUCUCUUGUGUCUCAAUAUUUACUUUAUUGUGAUUCCAGAAAUGUGCAUUUCUUGUUAUGUUUCUCGUUUCCAAUGACAGUUAUGAAACGAUCAUGGCUGUUUUCAAUUGGUAAAUUGAUAGUGUUACUUUUACAUUUUGCUGAACAGUUACAUGAUUAUGUUGCUUGUUUAAAAUGUUUAGUUAUUAGUGUAUAUUACGUGAAAUAUUUAUUAUUACAUAUGUAAAGGAUUUUUAAGAAAUUAAAAUAAAUAAUUUUAUAAGUUG